CCGCCGAGCGGUUUGUUUUGCUCGCGGCCCGGGCGGCCUGUGGCGGCGGCGGCGGCGGCGGCCCGGAGCGACUGCCCCUUCCCCUUCCCCCCCCUCCCCUUCCCCCCCUCCCCUUCCCGCGGCCGCCGCGCCGGGACCCCGAACGCGGCCGCCGGAAGGAGGCGGCGGCGGCGGCGCGGGCUUGGGAAUGUGGCGGCGGCUGUGAGCCCUCCCCCUCGGCCCAGCCGCCAUGGAGCCGCGGCGGUGACAGCCCCGUACCUCAGCGCGCCGCCGGCCGCGGGGCCGCCGCCCGCCGACAUGGAUGAACAAGAGGCCUUGAAAUCCAUCAUGAAGGACCUGGUAGCUCUCCAGAUGAGCCGACGCCACAGGCUGACUGGAUAUGAUACCAUGAAGAAUAAAGACACUCCUCACUCCAACAAACAGAAAAAACACAAUGCCAGCAGUCCAACCCUCUUGGGCAGCCCAGCAAUAACAAACCAGUGUGCCUCUGCAGUGGAUGAAAAGAAAAUCCCGAAUGAUGUGAGGAUAAAGUUUGAGCACAACGGGGAAAGACGAAUCAUCCCCUUUGUCCGUCCUGUACGCUAUGAAGAUGUGCAACAGAAAGUGAAAACAGCUUUUGGCCAGCCACUGGACCUCCACUACAUGAACAAUGAGCUAUCCAUCCCUUUGAAAAACCAAGAUGACCUGGAUAAAGCCGUAGAUCUCUUAGACCGAAGCUCUAAUGUGAAAAGCCUUAGAAUAUUGUUGCUGUCUCAGGACAGGAACCAUACCAGUUCUUCACCCCAUUCUGGACUGCCCAAACAAGUCAGGAUUAAAACUUCCCAAUCUGUGGGGGAUGUCAGCACACCUUAUCAGCAGCCAGAACCCAGAAGUAGGCAUCUGUCUGUCAGUUCCCAGAACACAGGCCGAAGUUCACCACCUCCUGGCUACGUUCCAGAGAGGCAACAGCGCAUUGCUCGGCAGGGUUCCUACACCAGCAUCAACAGUGAGGGUGAAUUCAUCCCAGAAACCAAUGAACAGUGUAUGCUGGACCCUUUAAGCAGUGCAGAAAACUCGGUGUCAGGAAGCUGUCAGUCUUUGGACAGGUCAGCAGACAGUCCUUCAUUUCGGAAGUCAAGGAUGUCAAGGGCACAAAGCUUUCCUGAUAACAGGCAGGAGUUCUCAGACCGUGAGAAUCAGAUCUACGACAAGGUGGGCAAAGGUGGCACCUACCCUCGGCGCUACAACGUCUCCAUACAGCACAAGGACUACAACGAUGGCAGGAGGACAUUUCCCAGGAUACGACGUCACCAAGGGAAUCUUUUCACUUUGGUCCCUUCCAGUCGUUCCUUAAGCACCAAUGGAGAAAACCUGGGCCUGGCUUUGCAGUACUUGGACCCUCGGAGCCGCCUGAGGAGCGCCGAUAGCGAGAACGCCCUGGGUGUGCAGGAGAGGAACAUUCCCACCAAGUCUCCGAGUGCUCCGAUAAACUGGCGACGAGGAAAGCUCUUGGGCCAGGGGGCCUUUGGACGGGUGUAUUUGUGCUAUGACGUGGACACAGGCAGAGAACUUGCAGCUAAGCAGGUCCAGUUUGACCCAGAGAGUCCUGAAACAAGCAAGGAAGUGAGUGCCCUGGAGUGUGAAAUUCAGCUGCUGAAGAAUCUCCAGCAUGAGCGUAUCGUUCAGUAUUACGGCUGCUUACGGGAUCGGGCAGAGAAGACUUUGACCAUCUUCAUGGAGUACAUGCCAGGGGGUUCAGUGAAGGACCAGCUGAAGGCAUACGGUGCCCUCACGGAAAACGUUACCCGGAAAUACACUCGCCAGAUCCUCGAGGGAGUCUCCUACCUUCACAGCAACAUGAUUGUGCACAGGGACAUAAAGGGAGCCAAUAUUCUUCGUGACUCUGCUGGGAAUGUGAAGCUUGGGGACUUUGGGGCCAGCAAAAGGCUGCAGACAAUCUGUAUGUCUGGCACAGGCAUCCGCUCCGUCACCGGCACACCGUACUGGAUGAGCCCAGAGGUGAUCAGUGGAGAGGGUUAUGGAAGGAAAGCUGAUGUAUGGAGCCUUGGUUGUACUGUUGUGGAAAUGCUGACAGAGAAACCCCCCUGGGCAGAGUUUGAAGCCAUGGCAGCCAUCUUCAAAAUCGCCACCCAACCAACCAACCCCCAACUCCCCUCUCACAUAUCAGAACAUUGCCGGGACUUUCUAAAGCAGAUCUUUGUGGAAGCCAGGCACAGACCCUCUGCUGAAGAGCUGCUCAGACAUCAUUUUGCACAGCUCCAGUACUGAAGUAUACCUCCCUGUGCUCCUGCUGGGCUUUCCAUGCCCCGUCUGGUCUAGUUGCAACCGCCCGUUGUGGUGCUGCGUCUUCACGAAUGCCAACUCAGCUGGCCUAAGUCCUUUGGGGAAACAAUGCCAAGGAACCUAGGGUCUGCUCUUCGUGCCUGAUACCUUUGGUUUGCUGGACUAAUGCUGUCCAAAGAGAGCUGCGUUUUUGCCCUAGUUACCUUGCUGUGAAAUUUGCAGCUGGCUGCGUGUUUUUCUACAGGCCCCAAGAACCAAACGUCUGUACUGGUUGAACACAGAAGAAAUCCAAGCCAAAGUGUGAACUGGAAGAGCUAACAAACACUCUUCAGACCAGAAAACAUGCAAUAGCCAUCCAGACCAGCUUUCUUUACGUGUGGGUCACUUGUUUUGCAGAGUGUUGGGGCUUCAGAGGUCCAUGAAGCCAGCCAAAAGCCAUGUGUCAUUGACCUAUAUAAUGAUCUAUUUUUUUUCUCCUCUCCUUAAGUAUUCAGCAUCUGAAGGUGUGUCAGAAAAUAUUGAUUCAGAAGUAUGUGAAUAGUAUUAUUUUAUAACAAAACCAUGGGAUUUUUGGGGGGGGUGGGGAGUGAGGGGAGGUCUUUUUAGCUUCAAUGUCAGGAUAAUCGAGUUUGGGCAGAAUUGCUCCGGGGCCUAACGUAAGGGCUCUCUCCCACUGACCUUAGAAACUCCAGAGCUUGAUUGCCAAGGCUCAGAUCUGGCUCAGCAUUAAGACAGUGUCAGUUAAUUUGUGUCCUCAUAACAAACAAAUCUGUGCUUCAUCUCUCUGGGACUUUGUUGGGUCUAAACAAAACCCUUCUGGAAGAGAGUUCUACAAAACA